AAGGAGGGAGAGAAAUUUUGUUUCCUACACGGUCGGUACCACACCGAGGCUGGGGAAGGAGGAGUUGGGAAUGCUGCACGGAUAGUACCGCUACAUGCGCCCCGGAUCCCACAUCUGCAGUGAUUUCUGCCCGGGUUUGUUAUCAGCAUUCUGGGAAAAAAGUCGCGGGAUUUGGCGCGUUGACAGCUGGAGCGCCCUGCAGACUUCAGUGGAAGAGACCCGACCGCGGCUGUUGGAGCUGCUGUUCAAUGCCCAGUAGUACGUGUCUUAGCCUGCCCUGUGGCUGAUCCUGGAUAUGCUUUCCACGAACCGCCGUGGAGGCGCGUGGGGGUGAAAUGGACGGAGUCAGUGGCCACACCCAACGACCAGCUCCCAUGUUCCAGCAUGUCCGGCUGCAGCAAGUCUCCUGCCAACUCUGGAGAAGCUGCAGGUUCUAACUCCAUGGCAUGGGUGAAGAAGUUCAAAAAAACCGGAGGAGGCCUGAAGAAGUCCUACCAACCUGGGAGCAUGGUGUCCCUCGCGCUAACUAAAGGUCUGCUGAACGAGCCCGGCCAGAACAGCUGCUUCCUCAACAGCGCUGUUCAGGUGCUUUGGCAGCUGGACAUCUUCAGGAGGAGCUUGAGGCAGCUUUCUGGCCACUUUUGUCUCGGUGAUGCCUGUAUUUUCUGUGCAUUAAAGAGUAUAUUCAAUCAGUUCCAGCAGAGCAGAGAGCGAGUCCUGCCCUCCGACAGCCUGCGAAACGCCCUCGCUGAAACCUUUAAGAACGAGCAGCGCUUCCAACUCGGGCUGAUGGACGACGCUGCUGAGUGCUUUGAGAACAUCCUGGAGCGAAUUCACUUGCACAUAGUUUCAGACACACCAACCGAUGCGUGCUCAUCCAAAUCCUGCAUCACCCAUCAAAAAUUCGCUAUGAUGCUUUACGAACAGUUUGUGUGCCGUUGUUGUGGUGCAUCUUCAGAUCCACACCCGUUCACAGAGUUUGUUCAUUAUGUAUCGACCACGGCUUUAUGUCAACAGGUUGACCGGACACUGGGGAAGAACGAGCGUCUCAGGUCAGACAUGUUUGGGGAACUGCUGCAGGCGGCAAACAGCACCGGUGACCUCCGAAGUUGCCCUAGUGACUGUGGUCAGAGCAUCAAAAUUCGUCGUGUCCUCAUGAACUGUCCGGAGAUCGUCACUAUUGGAUUUGUGUGGGACACAGAGCAGUCUGAUCUCACGGAUGAUGUUAUCAGGUCUCUUGGUCCACGUUUAAACUUGUGCGGGCUUUUCAACCGAGUGACUGAUGAAAGCGCCAAACGCAGCGAGCUACAUCUGGUGGGGAUGAUCUGUUUCUCCAGCAAACAUUACUCAGCUUUCGCCUAUCACACCAAAUCUUCAAAAUGGAUGUUUUUUGAUGAUGCCACUGUAAAGGAGAUUGGAUCCAAAUGGAAGGAUGUUGCUUCAAAAUGUAUCAGGGGACAUUUCCAACCUCUUCUUUUAUUUUACACCAAUCCUGAGGGGAGUCCAGUUUCUAAUGAAGAUGCACCACGGCAAACCACUAUGUGCCCUCAUUACAAAGCCCAAGUAAAUGGAGAUCUGACCAUGAAACAUCCUUUUGGCAGCCCUAACAAAUUUCAGGAUCCCUUCAUGGAGAAUCUACAAAGACCAGUUGAAACAUCAAAAAAGGACAGGGGACAUCGGAGAAUCGAGCCUUCACCACACAAAGACAUGACACACACAAGAUCUUCAUCCCCCCCAGAGAAUGGGCCCCGGCCUCCUGUAGAGAAAAUAAAGAACUCUCUGCGCUCUGAGAAGUCAUCGAAUCAAAGCAGAGGAUCUCAGGAGCCCCACGGACAGUCGGGCAGUGCACAGAGUGGGGGACACGUCAGAAAGGUCAACGUUUCCCCAGGACGCAAUGAGCAGGAGGGCAGCCACAAACACUGGGAAAAAGGAGGCAGCGGGAGCCAAAAUAGGUCAAAGUCAACUUGGAGACCCAUCAGGGAGGUGCUGAAUGUAGACACGGUGCUGAAUGAACUGGAGCAGCGACGGCAGCAGCAGCAGCAGCAGCAGGACAGCCCGCGGUGCAGCAAGCCUUCUUCCCAGGAGAGAGCGCGCACAGAACCAAGCAGGGAGCGCGAACACGCAAAAACUAGAGAGGAGCGCAAACAGAAGUGCUUAAUGACGAUUUAUGAGGACGAGCAGCGGCACGAGACAGAGAGCCACAGCUCCGUGGAAUCAGAGAGCAGAGCGGGCCAGCAGAGAGGAAGCCGACUCAAGGCCGUUCCCAAGACUCUGCUGCGCAGCGACACCUGGACCAUUCAGAGGACGGAGUCGGGCUACGAGAGCAGCGAUCGACUCAGCAGCGGCUCCACCAAUCCCGACUCACCUGGGGUCGAUGGGUUUGGGCUCAGACCAGAUCAGAGGUUAACACCUGAGAUCCUUUUACAAAGUCAGCUGCAUCAAAGGGAAGCCAAUGCAAAGUCAAGCAUGACAUCAUCUCUUUCCCACAACGGUAAACAUCCAACUAAACCUCAGGGGAACCACGAUCAAGUUUUACUUUCUCAACUAAAGUGCAGUCCAAGUUCAAGACAGAGAUCAAAACACACAUCUAACACCUCCAGGAAAGCGAAGGGUUCAGAGAAGAGCUCGACUGGUUCAGAGAGCCGGCAGAGUGAGCACCAGGAGCCGACUGCCUAUAGAGGGCUCAGCGGGGAGAACACAACCCCGAGACACAUCACAAAGACCAGCAGCUCUGAGUGGAACAGCUCAGACGAUCUCGUUCUCUCAGAAUCCGAGGACAGAGAAAGCACUUACUUGUCCAGUAACAGUGAGGCUGUGACCUCUGACUCCCCGUGCCCUCACAUUGACCUGCCAUACCACCCGCCUAGCAGCGCAACAGCAGAAACUCAGCUCGCUGCCACUGGGUUGCCUCACCUCCAACCCAACCCGCAGGCUUCUUCGCUCCACGGCGAAGCGAGCCACGCUGCGUUUCGCCCCCGAAUGCUUCAGGAACCCUUCCCAUCGAGCCCUCGCCUCUCUCCCUCGUCCUAUGUCAGCCCCAAAAGGAGGCCCGACAUUUCGGGCCUCCGAACCUUUUCGGACGCGAGCUCAAAGUCGGGCUCGGACCCAGAGAGGAGCACUCAGUCGUCGUGCGAGAGCGAGGAGAGGCUGACAGGGAGCAGAGCGGAUGAGGCGGCACAAGCUCCGGAGGUUUCCCUGACGACGUACUUUAACGUGGACAACUGCAUGACGGAAACGUACCGCCUCAAGUACCACAACCAGAGGCCUCUGGUCCUCUCUGCCACAGUGCCAAGGACAGCUGCUGAGAGUGAGCGCAGAGAUAACAGCCACACACUCCCCGGUGACGCACACUCACAUGACGUGCCAAAAGCCCGACCUGAAACAAGCCAUAAUAGCAAUAAACCCACUGCAAAAUGGAAACCAGUGACAGCCAAAGGACUGGAUGAGCGAGGUUUUUUAUGAGUGUUGACUUGGUAAGUUUUGUUUACAUGGACGGACAGUGCAACUGGAUGCCAAAGAGUUUACAGAAUGGGAAAAAAAAUGUUCAGAUGCCCCCCGACGCCUCCAGACUGGGUGGAAUUUAUUUAUGCAAGCUUGUCACAUAAAUACAACCUACUUCUAAAUGCUGUAGUGUGUUGUUUGACAGAUUAUCAACUAUCACGUAUAUCUUCCACUGUCCCGUGGUGUUGUUAAGAAAAUGAAAUCUGUUUUCAGUUUGCACAAAGCGUUGUUUAGUUUUUAGUUAUUUUUUUAUGACACGUCAUGGCAGCUUUAUGUCAUUUAGUUUUGUUGGUGGAGGAGCUCUGCUGAAGUGCUGAAGGCCGGACGGAGCUCAAACAACAGCAAAGGCCAAAUGUUUUCAUACCCCUGGCAUAUUUAGUUUUAAUGAUAUUUUUAAUAAAGAUGCUUGUUAGGAAAUAUGAAUGAUAAUAAAGUAACAAAAGGAAUAUCAAUUUGAAAAAAAAUAAAUAAAUAAUUUGCCUGUUAUUACAGGUAAAUUAUUUUUCAUGUUCCCACUAGUAUUUUGACAAUUUAUUUCUGGUGCUGAACUCCGAGUCUUGAAGGGUUAAAGGCUUCCUGGCAUCAGCCUGAUUAACUAAAUAUUCUCGUUCAAAUUCAAUAUGUUGGUAAAAUAGUGCUAAAUUUGUUAGGGGUUUAAAAACUCUGGUAUUAACUACACAACGGGGUAACUAUUUGAUCCCCUGCUGAUCUUGUUAGUUUGCUCAUUUGCAAACAAAUGAACAGUCUCUAAAUUCAUUUGGUAGUUUGAUUCCAGUGUAGAAGGACAGCAUGUCCACCUGAAAUACAUAGUUACUAACUAGUUGUUUUGCUGCUAAGGGAAGUAAAUGAUUGUUCCUUCAGUAAAUUAGAAUUAAACACUGGGUGUUGGCAGUUGUAGCACUAAGGCAUAUUUUUCAGUUGGUCACAAAGUCCCCACUCGUCUCAAGGAACUUUGACCCGUUUGGUCAUGAAAAAAAAAAAAAAAACUUAAUUUUCUUGGGAUCUUGGCUUUUUCUUGGCAAGUCAACGAUUCAGCUCCCUCCAGAUUUUACUCGACAACAUGACUGUAAUUCUUCUUUAGCCACUCUUUUGUUAACAUUGCUGUAUGUUUUGAGUUAUGUUUUGUGGGCAGCACCGCGGCGCCAUUAUUAGCUUUGUUGUCUUGUAGCAAGAGGCUGGGGGAUUGCAUGAAGUUUGCAUGCGUCUCAUUGCAUGCUCUCUGGGUAAUUUGGCUUCCACCCAAAGUCCAGUGAAAAGCAUGGCAAGUUAAUUGGUCUCCUCCCCACCCCCAUUGCUCUUAGGUGUGUGUGCAUGGUUGUUUGUCCUGUUUGUGUUUUCUGAUGAUCGACUGGUGACCUGUCCAGUGCGUCUCACAAACAUCGACCGCCACCCCCUGCAAUCUAGCAAGGAUUCCCUAGGAAUAAAAGGAUGGGAUUUCUUUCUGAAGACACCCUUCACUCCGUCGUGUCAUCAUUUCUAAGUCUAUGCAACUAAAUGCUUCUUGAUGAUUGAAGCUCAUUCCUGCCUUAGGCAGAUCUACUGUCUUCCUGAUGUCCUUGGAGAGCUGUUUGUCCUGUUCCUGGUGAAGGACGGGUUGGUAUGGAACAAUCUGAUUCUACAGUCAGGUGUCCCUGAUACACACAAAACAUUUACAUCAGGAUUAUUGAUAAUUGUUAUUGAUUAACUGAUUGAUUUCUGUCAAACGUCUAAUUCUGCCUUACAUCCUUUUUUUUGGAUCAAAUACUUAUUUCACCCAAGUGACGUGCCCAUCAUUAAUAACAUCUAUAUAAAGGUUUUGGCUAAUAUUCUGUCUCCACAUUAAAAUAAAAUUGCAGUUAAAUUAAAGACUGUUCAUUUAUUUGUCAACAGACUAACAUGACCAGAAUUGGAUCGAUGUCUAAAGUUAGAGAUUAUCAACAGGUGAUGCUGAAAUCUGUACAAAUGUUCUGCAACGAGGGACGAAUCUGUGUAUUAAACAUAUUUUAUCCAAUUGUCAUGUUUUUUUUUUGUUUUUGUUUUUUUCUGUAGAACAAAUCCCGGUUUAACUCAGCAACACAGCUGUCAACAUAAUAUAGCGGGCAAUUCUUUUUCUGUCAGAAUCUGGGCGGCUCACUGACUUUAUGCACACUGGGGAUUUUUUUUCCACUGUCACCAGAUAACAUAUGCUGCAACAGUCACUCUUUGUAAGUUACUGAUUUGUUAUCAUUUAUCUGAUCUUUUGCAACAUUUAUGUGUUAAUGAAUGACUGUUGGCUGCCCCAAAGCAGACGGCCUCCACUGCUGUAAAAAUCUGCCGGCGAAUAAGGUUCUGGUUUGGUCUUUAUCUUCAUAUAAAUGAUAGUGAAAAACACUUUUGUUUCAUUAAAGUGUAAUUUUGCAUGACUGCCUUCAGUUUGUGGUGAUCCAUAAAGUCAUAUUAGCUUAAGAACCGGGAGUUCAGUAGCAGGGGCAGCCCUCAGGCUAUUCACUACAACUUUUCCUUUGUCACGCUGGUCCUUCUGAUCCAUUUCUCUGUACUUUAUCUUGUCUUCCUCCUUGAAGAAAUCCAAACAGAUCUAUAUUUGUAGGUAUUUUCAUAAUGUACCGGACACAUCUGACAUCAUUACUAACUAUACGGCUCAACACACUGGUAUUCCUGUUCAGAACAGUGAUGUUGUGAAACCUGCAUGUGGCCUUUAUAAAACAUACUAGCUGUAUGUGCAGCAUGAGCAUGAAAAUGCUGGACUCCUGAGUCCUCUUAGCAUUAUAAGGGAUUCUAUCUAAUUGUAAGGAAUCAAUUUAUUAAAUAGAAGUUUGUAACCAUAACUGUUCUGGGAAGUUGAAUGUUUUUUGUUUUUUUGUUGUUUUCUUUUUUUUCUCUCUUUCUCUCUCUCUCUUGCUCGCACAACAAUACAGUCUGUUGUUUAUGCAUUUGAAAACAGUUUGCUGGAAACCUACUACUAACUGACCAGGACAAUAUGCAUUCACCAACAUUUUCAAAAGAGUCCCAAUGCACAUGUGGGUGUUUUACAUGUGUGUAACGUGUUCAUUCUCGACAUUUCCAAGAACAUAUAAAGAUCUAUGUUGUUUUACUUCCAGAUAAAUGUUUCUAUAGAUGCAUAUCUUUUAUGCUCAUUACAGUGUAUGGUCUUUUCCUACAUAUUGUGUCAUUUAUGUUUUCCUUUAUUUGCUUUUAUCUGUUCUUGGUAACCUUUGUUCAGGUUAUUUGUUCCAUGAGUUCAUUGAAGCAGUAAAUCUGUGUGUGUGUGUGUGUGUGCGUGCGUGUGUGUGUGUGUGUGUAAUGUUUAUGCUGUCAAAUACUAAAUGAUAGCAGAUUCAUUGUGGGAGCUUAGUCAUUUGAACAAAGAUCUUUCCGAUUUGCCCUCCUAAUAAUUUAUUGUUUUAUUGUUCAGAAUCUGAUUCAAAGAAAACAGCUUUGGUUGCAACUUUUUGCACUUUAUAGAACAUACCAGCUACUAAAACAUUAAAAAGUGAAAUUUAAUGUUCACUUACUUUGAACUAAUUGGUUACUUAUUAUACUGCAACCAUGAUCAAUUGUAGUAAUAAUGUUGUCUUUUUAAUUGAUUUACUGCCCCAAAGAAAUGAUUGUUUAUUGGACAAGUUCAAACAGAUAGUUGUCAGAGUACGUUUUCCUUUUCUUCCAUCUCUUUGAUUUUUUUCCUUGUUCUGCUUUACAUUCUGAAUGUUGUGUCUUUUGUUGUAUUGGCUGUGCCUUGACAUCUUCAGUGCAAUAUGUCUGUUUUCCUUGUCUCUGUUCAAAUAAACCACUUUUAGGAAAUAACGCAGAAAAAUGAACAGACACAUUUCAAUAUAUGGUGUGUUGCAAAAGUAUUUCUACCCGUUUUAGCCAUUACAGCUGCAAGUAUUUUGGGGGAAAGUCUCCAACAGAUUUGCGCUUCUCCAUGUAGGUAGUUCAAGUUCAGAGUAAAGAAGAAAACCUGUCUACCCACGGAUCCUCAAGGGCUCCAAGUUUUGAUCUUUUUUAAAGAUUAUCUUGCAUUGUAAAGGUUGCUGACCCAUGUUUUAGGUGAACUUCCCACCUAAUUAUGCACUAUCUGCAAGAUGUUCAAAACCUAGGAUAUCAUUUAAUUACCAAUUCUUCUUUACAAUUUUCUCAAUGACCCGUCUGCCGUGCUCCUUGGUUUUUGUGAUGCUUUUUUGUUCUUUAAGGCUCUCUAACAAAUCUCUGAGACCUUCACAGAACAACUGUACUGGAUUUUAUUUAAGGUUUUUUUGUCGAUAACGUUUUUUUUUUUUGUCUUCUCCACAGUUAUGCACUUGUCUGUGUCAUAAAAUCCAAAAGAAAUUCAAUAAAGUUUCCGGCUGUAAUGUGACAAAAUGUAAGAAGGUUCGAAGCUAACGGGCAAAUUACAUUUUGUUGUAUGGAAAGCGCUUUUAGUCUUGAUGGCUACAGUCAUGACUGCAAGUAGAUAAAUUGCAGCGUUGACAAAGUCUGUUAACUCUAAAAGUGCAGAGAAGAAAUCUGCAGCACCCACCUCAUUUCAAAGGUUGGUGCUAAAUCCUAAAGGAUAAUAAAUGCAUUUUGUUUCUUACAGUUUAAUCAAGUUAUUGUAAUUGCAAUUGUUCGUUUUGUACUCAUGGUCUGUAGUCUUCAGGUAAAGACUUCACAUGGCGGUCUCCUCCUGAGUCCCAUACAGCCUGAACCAGUCCAAGAUUGUUUGAGAUCCUAAGCAUGAUUUGAUUAUCAAGCCACAAUUCACCUUAUUAUAUUUCUUUAAAUUGUGGAGACGAGGUCAUUUGUCCCACUAAACGACUUGUCAUGUCUGGAGCACAAAGUUUCAGUGUUUCCUACUGAUUAGGUGACAGUUAACGUUUCACGUGAAAUUCCUGCGACAAUAUGGUGUGACUAUAAAUAACGAUCGUUUUCAGCUACAUACAUAAUGACUCAACUUGCCGGCUCUUUCCGAUGUAUACAAAAUUAAAUUAAAAUUUGAUACUCAUAAACCUUUGAAAUAAAAUUAUUUUGAAAUAGGCUCAUUAUUGACAAAUGUAGCUAAGAAUGUUAAGUUUGUGUGGGAAGUCAAGUCCUGCAGAGGUAACCGGGGCGGGGGCAGGCUCUCCAUGUACUGAUAGAUGGUGUUACUGUAAAACACAUCUUUUAUCCUGUGUUUUAAACACACAGAGACAUAAUCUAAUUACCCUGUUUAGCAUCAAUAUCAACAAUUGAGGGCUAAAAAGGACAUUUUCCACAUUAUGUGACAGAUCUUAUCCGAUCUUAUCCAGGCUCUUGAGUCCUACUGGUCAUCAGAUAACCUGCAAGCGUUUCACUGGAUCUCCCUUCACGCCUCUGUGUGGUCUCCUCCGUGAAGCUGUUGAUAAUCCACUGCAUGCUUUAUGACAUGUCCAGUUGCAGAUUCAUUUGAAAAAAAAAAAUGCUACUGUUAAAUCUGUCUUCACUUUCUACUUUUGGAGAUAAUAUAUCUUUAUUUUUACUUAUUGUUGAAUAAAGUUUUAAUUACCGCACCACUCC